AUGCCAGCUGUAUCAAUCAACGCGCCGGCAUAUGCCAAACCCGAGGAUGGUUACUUCAACCUUGGAACUUACAGCCGCAAGAUCAGCACCAAGAACCCCGAGGCCCAGCUUUGGUUCGAUCGCGGCUUGAUUUGGGCAUAUGGGUUCAAUAUAAAAGAGGCUUCGAUAUGUUUCGAGAAAGUCACUCGUCUAGAUCCCGAAUGCGCCAUGGGAUAUUGGGGCAUCGCCUAUACAAAAGGACCUUAUUACAAUAAGGCGUGGCGACUUNUUGACCCAAAAGAACUCAAGGAAGCUCUUGUGAUCACUUACGAGACAUCGCGCAAGGCGCUGGAGCUUGCGCACAAUGCAACACCUGUCGAGAAAGCUCUAAUCAAUGCUAUCGUCGCUCGUUACCCUCAGAAGACACCAACCGAGGAUUAUCAACCCUGGAACGUGGCUUACGUUGACGCGAUGAAGGAAGUCUACGAAUCCUACAAAGACGACCUUGAUGUCGCUUGUCUAUACGCCGAGUCGCUCAUGGUCUUGACACCUUGGGCUCUAUGGAACAUCCACACCGGAGAACCUGCGCGUGGCGCUCACCCAUAUGAAGCAAAAGAAGCAUUGGAUCAUGCCUUUACGCUUCCCGGAGCUUGGGAACACCCUGCCCUAUUGCACUUCUAUAUUCAUUUGAUGGAAAUGUCGAAGACACCGGAGUGUGCUGUGCAGGCCGCAGACAGUUUGAGAGGUCUAGUUCCUGAUAGUGGGCACCUUGAACACAUGCCUUCUCACCUGUACGUUUUGAUCGGCGAUUACAGGGCAGGUAUUGCUGCCAACGCUUCUGCUGUUCGCGCUGACGACGCCUACGUGGCCAAGAUGGAAGGCAAUGAGAUGUAUACCUUCUAUCGCGCCCAUAACUCACACUCACUCAUCUAUGCGGCUCUGCUUUCUGGCAAAUCAAAGGUCGCCCUCCAGAACUGCACUCUUAUGGAGAACUACCUACCAGAAGAACUUCUUGCGAUCGAAUCCCCAAAUAUGGCGAAUUGGCUUGAGUCUUUCCUGGGCGUUCGAGCCCACCUGCUUGUCAGGUUCGGCCGUUGGGAGGAGAUUAUAUCAUUGGAGAUGCCGAAGAACAAAAAGCUGUACUGCGUAACUACAGCUACUCUCCACUACGCCAAGGGUGUAGCCCAUUCAGCGCUUGGAAACAUUGCCGAAGCCGAANAAGAACAGGAGCUCUUCCUGGCCGCACAGAAACUCGUUCCUGAGAGUCGUUUCGAUUUCCCCAACAAGUGUACCGAUAUCCUCAAGGUCGGUGAGGCCAUGCUGGCUGGCGAGAUCGAGUAUCGCAAGGGCAACAUCGAUCUCGCUUUUGAACAUCUAAGAGAGUCCAUCAAGCGUGACGAUAAUCUCGUUUACAGCGAGCCUUGGGGGUGGAUGCAGCCUACACGUCAUGCAUAUGCCGCUCUGUCUCUUGAGCAAGGUCGCGUCGAGCAAGCAGCGCAAGCAUAUGCAGAAGAUCUAGGGUUUGUCAGUAACAUCCCUCGCGGUCAUCAGCAUCCAAACAACGUCUGGGCCCUGGUCGGAUACCGUGAAUGCUUGAAAUUGCUGGGCCGCGAGGCCGAGUACAAUCAGCUUGAGCAACCGUACCAAUUGGCUAUUCAGAUGGCAGAUAUACCUCCGGACAGCUGCGGUGCUGGUAGAAGAAAGUCCAAAUUAUGA